AUGUCGCAAUCAGCGACACUUAUUCGAGUAGCUAAACAUGCACUUGAUGGAACUACUAUUUAUCCUCAUAACGGACAAAAUACAAUCUAUUAUCAACCUUUUGAUUUAUCAGCAACACCAACGAAAUAUUUAGCUUAUACUAUGCAGCAGCAGCAGCAACCCCGUGAACAAUUCAUUCCAUUGGCAAGUCAUCUCCUUGAUGAAUAUUGUUCGCAUUUAUAUUUGUAUUUCAUUCGUGAUUGA